AUGACCGAUAACAAACUUUUACUUCGUGUGCUGUAUGACCGCCUGGGUGUCAGGGACGUCGCGGGAGUGACUGGUUACACUACCGUAGAAAACAACGAAACGGUUGGCCAAGAAAUAUCAACUGAUGCAACAUCAGGAACUACAGAUCCACCAGAAGAUACCACUUCAGAUCAACAAACGAAAGAGAUACCUACAGGAUCUACGACAGAAACAGGAACUACGACAGACACAGGAACUACGACAGACACAGGAACUACGACAGACACAGGAACUACGACAGACACAGGAACUACGACAGACACAGGAACUACGACAGACAAAGGAACUACGACAGACACAGGAACUACGACAGACACACCUACAGAAACUACGACAGACACAGGAACUACGACAGACACAGGAACUACAACAGACACAGGAACUACAACAGACACACCUACAGAAACUACGACAGACACAGGAACUACAACAGACACACCUACAGAAACUACGACAGACACAGGAACUACAACAGACACAGGAUCUACGACAGACACAGGAACUACGACAGACACAGGAACUACGACAGACACAGGAACUACAACAGACACAGGAACUACGACAGACACAGGAACUACGACAGACACAGGAACUACAACAGACACAGGAACUACGACAGACACAGGAACUACAACAGACACACCUACAGAAACUACGACAGACACAGGAACUACGACAGACACAGGAACUACGACAGACACAGGAACUACAACAGACACAGGAACUACGACAGACACAGGAACUACGACAGACACAGGAACUACAACAGACACACCUACAGAAACUACGACAGACACAGGAUCUACGACAGACACAGGAACUACGACAGACACUGGAACUACGACAGACACAGGAACUACAACAGACACACCUACAUAUACUACGACAGACACAGGAACUACAACAGACACACCUACAGAUACUACGACAGACACAGGAACUACGACAGACACACCUACAGAUACUACAACAGACACGGGAACUACGACAGACAUGGGAACUACAACAGACACACCUACAGAUACUACGACAGACACAGGAACUACAACAGACACAGGAACUACGACAGACACAGGAACUACAACAGACACACCUACAGAAACUACGACAGACACAGGAUCUACGACAGACACAGGAACUACGACAGACACAGGAACUACGACAGACACAGGAACUACAACAGGCACACCUACAGAUACUACGACAGACACGGGAACUACAACAGACACACCUACAGAUACUACGACAGACACAGGAACUACAACAGACACACCUACAUAUACUACGACAGACACAGGAACUACAACAGACACACCUACAGAUACUACGACAGACACAGGAACUACGACAGACACACCUACAGAUACUACAACAGACACGGGAACUACGACAGACAUGGGAACUACAACAGACACACCUACAGAUACUACGACAGACACAGGAACUACAACAGACACAGGAACUACGACAGACACUGGAACUACAACAGACACAGAAACUACGACAGACACACCUACGGGAACUACAAAAGACACACCAACAGGAACUACGACAGACACAGGAACUACGACAAAUACACCUACAUCAUCACAAGUUUUAACCAGUUCAACCCCACAACCAACACAAAAUAACUCUGACAAGUCUUUGAACAUAACUCUCACCUUCAACUACACUGCAAGCAAUGAAAGCUUUAACGAACACAGUGAUUUGUGGAAUGAAACGCUAAAAUUGCUAAGAGAUUCAUUUGUCAAUGUUCAAGGCGUUAUACGAGUAGAAUUACUAAAUAUAAGUUUAGGCAGCAUCAUUGCAGAAUUUCGAUUGGUAAUGAAUACAACAACUGCCAAAGAUAUCAAAGACGCACUUACUAGAAUUUACAACACAUUUUUUACGUUAGGAAAUCAAACUGUUUCUGUAACGAGUGUUGAAAUAAAUGGAAAAAACUGGGACACAAACAGCACUCUCUGUGAUAUCAAAGACGCUUUCGAUAAGUGCCCAAGUGAUCAAAUAUGUGUAGAUAGUGAUGGCACUUGCACAUCACACAGAUCUGAUAAUGACAACACAAACCUGAUUAUCGGCCUUGCAGUGGGUAUCCCUAUGUUUUUCCUGCUGACUGCCAUCAUAGCCGUCUGUGUGUACAUGCAUGUUAAGAGAAGGAACAAAGGUUACCUAGACAAGUACUCGGAGUACAGUAACGACGAGUAA